GUUCCGGGCAGUGGACAGUGGUCCCAUACCCUGCGCGGGCGCCGGGAAACCUUGGGUGUGUCUCUUCUACCGGCCCGAAGAUUGGUGUGCUACGUACCUAUCGUGGACGGGGCCUGCGAGCAUCUGGGUCCUCUCUGACAAGUCUUUCAACUGGCCCACACUGAUUGAAUGUCAGGGCGAUGUCAGGGACCUCCCGCCUGGAAGACACAAGUUGGCUGGACCAUCUUGAAGGCAUCCGUCGGGGAUUAAGCCUGCCUACCUGGGUUGUGCAAGUGACACCUGUGCUGGAACCUGGAGGAUGCAUCCGAGUUACCCAAAAGAAGACUAGAAGGAAAGGUGUUCCAAGCAGAGAACCGCGUGGACAAAGGCCCGUAGAUAAUUGAAAAAAAAUUGGGUUCAGGGACAAAGUUCAUUAUGGAACACAGAAUAUGAUGUAUGUGGAGGAACGCAGCGGCCACAUUAUUCAGUGCCUAAUAAGCUAUAAUCAGAAUCCUGAACUUCAGUAUUGAAAAUUUUUAAACUGAAGGAUGACGUUAUUAGAUUUGUGUUUUAAAAAGAUUACUCUGAACGCAGUUUGAUGAAUGAAUUAGAAGAGAGGGAGCCUAAGGGCUAGGAGACCACUUAGGCUGUUGGAGUCAUUAUGGCAAGAGAUGAUGGUGCCCCAAAGUAAGGAAGAGGCAGUGGAAAUGGAGAGAAGUGGAUGGAUUCUGGAUAAUUUGGAAGACAGAAUUCCCAGGAAUUGAAUAUUAGUUGGAAGAGGGGAGUGUGGCAUGGUAAAACUCCUUUGCUGCACUGUGGAUUGAUUGAUUGAUUGAUUUAGAAGAAGAAGAGAAGGAGAAGGAGAAGAAGAAGAAGAAGAGCCUAAAGGAGGAGGAGAGAGAAAAGAGGAAAAGAUGAAAUCAAAAGGGAAGGAAGAAGGGUCCUCACCACACCCUGCAAUCCAAAGAAGUGCAUAGAGUUGCCAAACCUGCAUUCAGAGGCCAGUUCUACCACCUCUCUGCUUCUGUGGACUUAGUCGGGUCACCUAACUUCUCUGAGCUUCAUUCUCAGAAGUAAAAAAGUAUCUGCCUUCAAUAUUGUGGGCAGAAAAGAUCAGGAGGGGGUAAACGGAGCCCUUUGGGAGGCUUUUCGACCAAAAGCCUGAAUUCGCCGGGCUCCGGAAAUCUUGUUUCUCUUCUCCGGACUGCGCCUCGGCCGGAACUCUAGUGCCCUAAGGUCUGGUUUGGCGCCGGACUGGAAAAGCAGACGUACGCACACGAAAAAAGUGGAGUACCCGGUGGGGAAAAGCGGAGAUCCGGGUGGAAGUCACUCGCGCGCGCUCCGGCGGGGAGGCCAGCAAGCACCGGCAGGCUGUUAGCGCGUCCGGGACGUGGGAGGGCCACACAGCCCCAGCAGGAGCCUUGUGUGCCUUAAAUGAGAUAAUAUAUGCCAGGUGGUUUGAAAACCUUACUGGAUCAGAGAAUGCUCUUGUAGCCUUCAUUCCAUCUGAUCUUCAGAAGAAUACCUUAUGGUGGAAUUGAGCUAUUUGCUGAAGCUUCUUUCCUUUGUAGCCCAGGGAGAAAUUUACAUUUUAUCUUACUAUGGCUUUGGUUCACAAGUUUCUGAGUAGCGCUUAUAUUUUCAGAAAAUGCCUGAAGCCAAGUGUUUCCUCAUGUCCAUUUUUGGGUAAUCGCUUUGCAGACUAUUGUUCUAGUAGUCUUCAGAAACCUGUGGCUGCUCCUGGCAAAACCUCCUCUCAAAGGAAUACUGAAGGGGAUUUGCAAGGACAUCACCAGAGAGAAGUUGCUUUGGAUAUAACCUCUCCAGAGGAAAAGCCGGAAGUUAGUUUUGAUAAGGCAAUUAAAGAUGAAAUAAAGAACCACUGUAGGCGUUUGAAGGAUGAUAUUGUGAAUUAUUGGAUCGGCCCUGAAGGCCGCCCUCUGCAUGAGGUCUUGCUGGAACAAGCCAAGGUUGUCUGGCAAUUCCGUGGAAAAGAGGACUUAGAUAAGUGGAUGGUGACUUCUGAUAAGACAAUUGGAGGCAGAAGUGAAGUGUUCCUGAAAAUGGGCAAGAAUAAUCAGAGUGCACUGCUGUAUGGAACUCUGAGCUCUGAGGCGCCUAAAGAUGGGGAAAGUGGCCGCAGUGGGUACUGUGCAAUGAUAUCCAGGAUUCCAAGGGGCCCUUUCGAGAGAAAGAGGUCUUAUGAUUGGUCCCAGUUCAACACUCUGUAUCUCCGUGUACGUGGAGAUGGUCGGCCUUGGAUGGUGAAUAUUAGACAGGACACGGAUAUAAUCCAGAGGAAGAAUCAAAUGUACAGUUACUUCAUGUUCACCCGUGGGGGGCCCUACUGGCAGGAGGUCAAGAUUCCUUUCUCCAAAUUUUUCUUCUCUAAUCAAGGAAGAAUCCGGGAUGCCCAGUACCAGCUUCUGCUUGAUAAGAUCUCUUCUGUUGGAUUCACCCUGGCUGAUAAAGUGGAUGGUCCAUUCUUCCUGGAAAUAGAUUUUAUUGGAGUUUUUGCUGAUCCAGCCCACACAGAAGAAUUUGCUUAUGAAAAUUCUCCAGAGCUUAACCCAAGACUUUUUAAGUAGUAGAGAUGGUAUGGUAAUUUUGUACUACCAAACUGCAUAGUAUCAUCCAUGAUGACAGAGACAAAAUAUUUAACAGCUUCCCAUUAACGGCUGGUAUGUAUUCCCUGAGACAAAGCUAAAUGCUGUUGCCAAGAAAGGCCCCAUAGUGGGAGACACAGCAUGAAACCAGGUUCUAAGCUGCACUUCAGCUUAAAGAAUGCAAGUCCUGAUGUGGAGAUAAUAGGUAAAGAACUUAACUGUUUUGGAUUAGAAUGAUUCCUGUGAGGAACUAUUCCUGCCCAAGUUGGUAUUGUCAAAGCAGGGUGUCUCUAAGAUGAUUGUUGAUGUCUUUGUCUCUCUCUGUUCCUCAUAGGUUUCUUGUGUUUUCUAAUCCAUCAUUUGAGGAAAGGAGACUAUUAAAGAUUGCUGUACAAUUCAGUGAUUUUUUAGUAUAUUCACAGAAUUGUCAAUCCUUACCAUAAGCUAAUUUUAGAAAAUUCUAUCAAGCCUAAAAAGAAACCUUAAUUGAGUUUCGUUCUCAUUCUCCCAGCCCAGGUAUCUAUGGAUCUCCUUUCUUCAUGGGUUUAUCUUCUCUGGAUAUGUCUCCUACAAAUAGAAUCCAAUAAUAUGUGAUCUUUUA